AUGUGUUGGUUACUAAAUCAUAAAACAAUAAUUUGUGUAAUUUUUCUUGUAUUUUAUUUAAAUGUAAAAUUAUCAUCAAGUAAAAAAUUUAAUAUUCUUUACUCAUAUGUGAAUGAAACGAGUUUCCGAAAUGAGAAAAAAAGAGAAAAAUACCCAUAUUAUUAUGUUAAAUAUAAUACAUACCAAAAAAACGACGGGAAUGGUAAAAACAUUAAAAGGAUAAAUAUAAGUAGAUUACAUGAAAGUAAUGAUAAAAGACCAGAAAGAAAACUAGACGCUUAUGAGUUAAAUAUAAGAAAUGAUAAAAAGUUUUCCAAAUAUGCAAAAAAACCAGCAAGUCCUAUGUCCAACUUAUUUUACUUUUCCCCAUUUAAAAACAUUAUAAGUAGCUUUGAACCAGUAAAUUAUGAUAUCAAAAAGAAAUUAAGAGAGGAUGGUUUCCAAUUUACUAAUGAAAAAAGUGAAUCAAAUAUAUUCCCAUCACUAGACGAUAUUAUUAAAGAUGGUGAUCCAUCCACUAAUAUUCAUUUAUAUCGAAGGAAAAAAUUAAAAAGUUUAUUAUAUGGUGAUCCAUCAAAGUUUGCUAAUACUAAAAAAGUUAUUGAAAAAUAUAAUAAGCAUUUACCACCAGAAAAACAAAUUGACUAUGAUUCCUUUAACUGUGAUAUAUUUUAUGUACAUUCGGAUGGCACAAUUAUGAAUAUUGAGGAAAAUAGAUCCCCAUAUGAUAAAAAAUUAGAAGAAAAAGAUAAACAUCAGGAACCAAGAUUUGUUAUAAUGGCUCAGGCGGGGCAUGCCAAGGAGCUCAACUUAAAGGUUGGAGAUAAAUUCCCAGCUGUAAGCGAAGAGCAUAAAAAAACAUUGUAUGACAAUCAUUUUGCAAAACCUAAGAAAAUUAGGGACCCCCUUGUUUUACCUGAUGGGCGAAAAAUUCCUUGA